AUAGAAAAUCAAAAUAGUCAGAAUCAACUAGUUGAUCAACUUGAUUUUUUACGUCAACAUUUAAAACAUAAUUAUGAAAAAGAACUUCAAGUUAAUUGUCUUGCUAUACAUAUCAUACAGAAACUUUGGAACAUUGUCUUCCCUAUGC